GUAGGAGUGAUUGCCGGACGAACGAUUGCCCAGGGACACAGUACGCGCGUUAGCCAGUCAUGCGGCUGCUGAUCAGUCCGGGUCUGCCGUUCCAAAAAAACCCGUAACCUCCUUAUUACAUCACAAAAAUACACACACUUUUUAUCAAUUUGAUUUUUGAUCGAAAUUUCAACCGUACCGCAGUGCAUAUCAAAAAGCCGUUUGUUUUUUGACUCACCAAUCCACAAUGGGUCGUUUCGCGUGGCGCGGCUACUUGGUCGUGUUCGUGUUCGCGAUGAUGGCAUUCCAACAGCGAGCGACCGCUAAAAAAGACUUGCCCACAAGCGGAUCGGCGGCUCCCGCGACCGAAACACCACCCUCCCCUUACCGAGGGACAAAAUCGAACCCCGAACCGGUGAUCGAAGAAGUGACUGCCAAGCAACUGGAAAAAGUACUCAACGAAAAGGAUUACGUAGCAGUGUUUUGGUAUACCAGGAGUUGUCUCACGUGUGAUAAAGUAUUAGAGGAACUCGAACAAAUCGACGAUGACACGGACUCAUUUGGGGUUGACUUUGUUAAAAUCAAUGACAAACGACUCGCUAAACAUUAUGGAAUUAAAACGUUCCCUGCACUCACGUACUUCCGCGAGAAAGAACCAAUUAUUUAUGAAGGAGAUUUAAUGGACGAAGAUGCAGUGUUAGAAUUCUUGACCAGCUUAGAAGCCCUAGAUUUACCAGAUCGUAUUGAAGAGGUUAAUACUAAGAUAUUAAAAAAAAUUAUUGAAGACACUGAUUAUGUUGCUGUUUUGUUUUGUCCUGAACGGUCUCAAUGCACAUUAAAAGAUAUUCACAAAUCUGGUUGUAAAAAAUGUGCUAAAGCACUACAAGAGUUGGAAAAUAUUGACGACGAAGCCGACCAAUUGGGCAUUGGUUUUGUAAAAAUACACGAUGCCGGCUUAGCGGAUGAAUACAACUUAGGAGAAUUGCCCAAGUUGGUCUAUUACCGUCAUCAAAUACCGAUUGUUUAUGAACACGAAUUGACCCGAGAAGAAGACGUUCUUGAGUGGUUAGUGCAAAAUAAAUCCACCGGAGACGAAGAAGACAUUAUUGAAGACGUAUCGGCGAAAACCUUGGACACCCUUAUAGGAUCCGUCGACAACCUCGUGGUACUUUUUUAUGAUAACGACGACGAGGACUCGUUGAGAGUUUUAAACGAAAUGGAAAAGAUCGACGACGACUGCGAUCGCCAUGGGAUACAGUUUGUUAAAAUCGAAGACCCGAUGGCUGCUUUGUCAUUCGGUUUGAAAUCCGUGCCUGCCGUGGUUUACUUUGAGAAACAGAUACCGAACAUUUACGACGGCGACAUCGAAAACGAAGACGAAUUACUACAAUGGCUCAUCGAACAGUUGCAAAAAGACGAAAUUGAAGACAUCACAAACGAAAUGAUGGACCGUCUCAUAAAGGAGGGAAAGAAUAUCGCCGUGCUCUUUUACGACAACAACGAUAAGAAGUCACAAAAAGCUUUAAACGAACUCGAGAAUAUUGACGACGAAUGCGAUGCACUGGGAAUAGCAUUUGUUAAAAUUGACGACGAAGAGGAAGCUCAGCUUUACGGAAUAGAAACCAUCCCGUCACUGUUGUACUUUGAGAAUGGAGUACCAACCCUUUACAGCGGAAAUUUGGAAGACGAAGAUAAGGUGUUGGAAUGGCUUAGCUAUCAGGCAAAACACGAUGAAAUCGAAGACGUUACCGACGAGAUGCUUGAUAUUCUCAUUAGUAAAUUGUCCAAUGUGGCUGUGCUAUUUUACGAUAAAAACCAAAAGAAAAGCCAGAAGGUUUUGACGGAAUUGGAGAACAUUGACGACGAAUGUGAUCAGAGUGGAAUAGCAUUCGUUAAGAUCAAUAAUCUAGACGAAGCCCGCGAAUACGGUAUAACUACCGUACCAAAACUAUUGUACUUUGAAAAAAGAAUACCGCACAUUUAUAACGGCGAUUUACUCAAAGAAGAAGAAGUCUUGAGUUGGUUGAUACAUCAAAAGAGACACUCGGAAAUACCAGAAGUCACUGAUGAAAUCGUUGAUAAACUUAUCGAGUCCGAACCGUACUUGGCAGUACUAUUUUACGACAAGGAUGAUAAGGAAGACAUUCGUGUGUUAAACGAAUUGGAGAAUAUCGACGAUAAAUUAGAGAAAGAAGGUAUUGUGAUUGUGAGGUUGGAUGAUGAUGCAGAAGCGAAGGAAUACGGAAUUGAUCAUUUACCAACUUUAGUUUACUUUGAAAAUAAAAUACCCGCGAUUUACGAAGGCGAUCUCAUCAAUGAGGACGAAGUACUUAAAUGGCUUAUAGAGCAAAAGAAUACUGCCACUAUUGAAGAAGUUACAGACGAGAUACUCAAAAAUUUAAUAGAAGAACACGAAUACGUUUUGGUAUACUUUAGUGGCAGAUGCGAAGAAGGAGAAGAAUGCGACAAUAUUUUAGACGGGUUUGAAAACAUUGACGACGAGUUGGACGAAACGGGAAUAGUUUUUGUAACUACCGAAGACGCGUCUAUUGCCAGAGAAUACGGGCUUAGAACAUUCCCUUCGCUAGUUUUCUUUAGAAAUAAAGAACCUCUUGUAUACUCGGGAGAUUUAGAAGACGAAGACGAGGUUUUGACAUGGUUGCUCGAUGAAGAGACGCUUAAGGUACCCGGACGUAUUGAAGAAGUCAAUACGAAAAUGUUGGAUAAGAUAUUAAACGAAAAGAAGUUCGUCGUAGUAUUUUUCUAUAAAGAAGGGGACAAAAAGAGUCAAAAAAUCAUAGCGGAAUUGGAAAAUAUUGAUGACGAAUGUGAAGAGAAAAAUAUCCAAUUCCUUAAAACUUCAGACGGAGGAAUCCAAAAAGAGUACGAUUUGCCUGGUCUCCCAACUUUAAUAUUUUACAGAAACAAAUUCCGAAAAAUUUACACUGGUGAUUUGAUGCACGAAGAAGCAAUUUUAGAAUGGGUACUCGAUUUACAUGAGUCUGAACCAGAUUUCAUUGAGAGUGUGGAUAGGAAAACAUUACAAACUUUAAUUAACGAUGUUGAACAUUUAGCAGUCUUCUUCUAUGAUGAUAAAUGUGAAUCCUGCCCCAGUAUACUGGACGAACUAGAAACUAUCGAUGACGACACGGACAAAGAGGGAAUACAAUUUGUCAAGUCGACAGAUUCGAAAUUGGCAUCAGAAAUCGGUAUUUUUAGUUUCCCCGCAUUGGUUUAUUAUGAAACUAGCGUUCCAAUCAUGUAUGACGGGAAUAUCGCUGAUGAAACGGAAGUAUUGCGAUGGAUGAUAAGACAGAAGAACGACGAAAGUAUUGAACACGUCGAUAGAACACAGUUGUUCGAUUAUAUUGACAAUCAAGAUUUUUUAGCAGUCGUAUGGUUUACCGAGGGCGAUCCAAAAGUACCUAGGGUUUUGAGACAUAUUGAGUUAAUCGACGACGAAGCCGCUGAAUACGGUAUAAAAGUGGUGAAAUGCAGCGAUAGAUUAAUGGCGAAGAAGCACGGAUUUCGCAGUCCACCUGGCAUUACUUACUUCAGAAAAGCUAAGUACAUCAACUAUGAUGGUGACAUAGACGACGAUGAAGAAAUUUUGGAUUGGUUAACCGAUCCUUCAAACAUGGAACUUACGGAACACAUAGAAAAAGUUAACAGGAAAAUGUUUUCGAAGAUCAGACAGACGUCGGAAAACGUUGCCGUGUUCUUUUAUAGCGACGAUUGCAAACAAUGUAAACAAGUAUUGAUGGAAAUCGAACACAUCGACGACGAAGCAGACGCGGCCGGCAUAGACUUUGUAAAAAUCGACGACAAAAAAUUAGCUAAAGAAUGUGGAGUGUUCGCUUUACCGGCAAUAGUUUUCUUCAAACUAGGUUCAAAGGAGCCUACCAUAUAUGCAGGCAACUUGUACGAAGAAGCGGACAUACUGAAUUGGCUACUUAUCCAAAAGAAUCCUCACGGUGAAAUAAUCGAAGAAAUGGAAGGAAUGGAAUUGAGGAGCGCGGUAGCGACAUCGGAAUCCAUCGCAGUAUUUUUCUGGAAUGGCACGUUGUGCGAACGCUGUAAGGCGUCCAACACAAAAGCGUUCCGUAGACAGCAUAAGUCGCAACAGCCGAACGGAGGCAAAAGCGAUGGACAUAAAAAGGAAGCAAAACCGGAAGUUGUGACGGCAUCAACCGUUGUCAAUGAUGCAUUUACUAACGAUAACGAUGUCAAUAAUAACCAUGAUAAUGGUGAUAAUAACGAUGAUAAUGUUUCACAUGAUGACUUGGACGCAGAAGUGAAAAACAAUAAUGAUAAUGAAGAUGAAUGUGAACAGUGUACGAGCGUUUUGGAAGAACUGGAAAAUAUCGACGACGACUGUGAACGACACGGGAUAACAUUUAUAAAAACUCAAGACGUGGACGCAACCGAAUUUUAUGGAGUAACAAAAUUGCCUGCUUUAGUUUAUUUCGAACACGGAGUACCGAAUCUGUUUGGAGGCGAUUUGAAAGAAGAGGAAGAAGUCCUACAAUGGCUCAUUACACAAAAGACCGAGGAACGAAUCGAAUUGGUCACCCGAUCGAUGUUGGAAUCACUCAUUGAAGAAACUCAAUACUUGGCUGUAUACUUUUACAAACAGGCUUGUCACAUCUGCGACCAAAUUCUCGACGAUUUAGAACGAGUCGACGACGAAUGCGACUUGUAUGGUAUACACAUGGUGAAAAUUCAAGAUCCCCAAUUAGCUAAGAGGUACUCAAUCAAAACUUUUCCGGCGUUGGUAUACUUUAGAAACGGAAAUCCUUUAUUAUACGAAGGUGACUUACAAAAUGAAGAAUCCGUUCUCGAAUGGCUAAUCGACGACGACAAUCGUGAACUUGCCGACGAAAUCGAAGAGGUUAACAGUCGUAUGCUAGAAAGACUUUUGGACGAGUCGUUGCUUCUAGCGGUUUUUUUCUAUGAAGAAAACUGCGAAGACUGUGGCGAUAUUUUAGAAAAUUUGGAAAUUAUUGACGGCGAAGCUGAUUUAUUCGGUAUAGACAUGGUGAAAAUAUCCGACCCCGACGCCGCUGCUAAGUAUAGUAUAUUAAGUUUACCUGCUUUGGCGUACUUUAGAAAGAGGGUGCCUCAAAUAUAUGACGGCGAUCUGACCGACGAAGAUAAGGUGCUAACUUGGCUGACUUCGCAGGACGUGUUUGAGAUUAAAAACGAAAUCGAUGAAGUAAACAAAAAGAUGCUUACUAAAUUGUUAAACGAAAACGAAUUCGUCGCCGUUUUCUUUUACGAGAACGACAUGGCAGAAAGUUCAGAAGUAUUGACUAGACUGGAGAAUAUCGACGACGAGACCACAACUAUGGACAUAACAUUUGUGAAAAUGGCAGAUGCCCGUUAUGCGCGCAAAUGGGGAGUUACCAAACUACCGACAAUAGUCUACUUCCGAAAUAAAUUCCCUAGCAUUUACAGAGGACGUUUGGAUUCCGAACUGGAGGUGUUGGAUUGGCUGAAGAAAACUCGUUAUCGCGAACCCGAACUUAACCUGUUCAUGUACGUGAUGUUGACGAUAUCGCUGGCGUUUGUCUUGUACACGAUUUUGUUGGUGUAUGGUUUCAAAAAAAUCACUUCCACACAAGUCAAACCCACGUGAGGAGAACUCUGACUAUAGCCACAAGUGCGUUCAAAUACCAAAGACAAUACUUCUAUUCUUGAAAAAAUUUGACACGAUUUUAUCAAAUUUAAGUAAAAAACUUGACAGUAACUGAAUACAUAAUAAUUUAAGACAAUAUAAUUAAUUCCACAUUUCGUUGUAAUUGUUCUUACACUAAAAGACCAACAAAUUAUGCAAACGUUUAACUUGUAAAGUUGUUUUAUGAUUUUACCAACGCAUAAAGUCAUUUUA